AUGUCCUCGUUUCUCCGAUCAAUCCGGCGAACGGCCUCGCGGCUGACUGGAUGGAAAAGAAAGAAGCGUUCCAAACGACGGCAAAAAAUGGAAGAGGAAGCUAUGGCAGAUCUAGAGAGUUCCGAACAGAAACCGCAGACGACACAAGCGUCAGAUAUCAUCAAUGAAUGCAAGCCAGGCAUUGAUAGUCAGGACGGGAAUGCGCUCGAGGGUGACACAACUGUUGAAAUCCAUACUUCGGUGCGGCGAGGAGCAGACGACUUACAGCAAUACAAAGACUCCGAUAACAGUGAAAUGGAGGGAUUAGACAGCUCAAACGAUUCCGAAAAAGACACCGAAAUUACUGGAAAUAAAAAGUCUGCAAAACAAUGGAAACUGCGCAAGAAAAUAAGCGAGACUCUUUUACAUCCAGACUUGGAGAAUUGUGAUCCCGAGAUAUGUGUGGAAAUCAUAACUUUACCUACUUUCAGCAUGAAGUCUUUGAGUUCGUUAAAAAAGAAGAUUGAGCACAGUAAGGCGGAUUGGAUCCAGGGAUUUUUGGAUAACGGCGGAUUGGAUCGUUUGUUUGAUAUCGUUGACAAUGUUGGGAGUAAGAGAGUAAACCAAUUGUCAGACGCCAUGCUCCUACUGGAAUGCGUAGCUUGCAUCAAGAGUGUUUUAAACUCCAGACUCGGCUUGGAUUACCUGGUACUGAACGGAGCUUACACCAAAAAGCUUGUCAAAGCAUUGGAUACAAACAACGUUAUGGUGAAGAAACAAGUGUUUGAGUUACUGUCCGCCUUAUGUGUGUACUCGACCGAUGGUUACGUGUUGGCUUUGGACGCGCUGGAGUCCUACAAGUCGUUGAAGAAACAGCGGUACCGUUUUAGUCUCAUAGUCAAUGAACUCCGCAUGGCAGAACUGGUCCCAUACAAAACCACCAUAUUGGGAUUCAUCAAUUGUAUUCUUGUUGCUACGGAAACGUUGGACGAUCGCAUCUGCGUACGCAACGAAUUUAUAGGUUUGAACUUGCUAGAUAUCAUCAACAACUUACGUAACGAGGACGACGACGACUUGGUGAUCCAGUGCGAUGUGUUCGACGAGGAAAAACAGUCCGAUGAUGAUGAAUACGCCGAACUCAACCCCGAAAUUGUCAAUCUAAAUGACCAUAGGGACGUGUUCAAUGCUGUUUUCCAGAAGGUGUACAACACUCCGCAGUCGGAUGUGUUCAUGAACGUGUUGCAGGCGCUCCUACAGAUCGAUCCCAAAAGCCCGAUCAGCGACCUACAAUGGAACUUCGUGGAGUCCACGGUUAGAAAAGCUAUUCUAGUGGACACCGUCUCCGAUGGCAGACGUUCAUUUUCAGUCCUCGUGGGGUCAAUGUUUCCUUCUAUAAUGAAAGUCCCUACAAUGUCGACUGGGAUACAGACCGAUCAGGUUAAAUGUCAGGUGAUACCAGAAGUUGAAAUGGACAAAAGUGCAAUAUCUCCGUCUACUGGCGAAUCUAUGCAAUCUAUAGACGCAGAAAAUAAAAAACUUGUUAUUGAGGAAUCUGUACUGACCAGUACAGUUUCCCCAUUGUCCAGAACGCCUCUGACAAGCGUUCAAGCUCCUCUGCCAAGUACACAGAACGUUCCACACCAAUGUGUGUUGUGUGGAAGUAAUACUCCAUCCAAAUUAACAUAUCAACAAAAACAACAUAUCAAGAGAAUAAUGAUGAAUGAUAAUCCAGAUGCCUUAAUUUCCAAAAAUUCCCUGUCGCCAUCUCACCAGGAUAUUACAGGACCCCCUCCUCCGCCCCCACCUCCUCCGCUUCCAGGUGGCUGCGCACCUCCCUUAUCUCCUAUGCCAGGUAUAUUGGGUGCAGCUCCACCCCCACCUCCGCCUCCACCACUGCCAGGGAUGAGUGGAGCCGCUCCAACUCCACCACCACCACCACCACCACCACCACCAUUGCCAGGCAUUGGAGGAUACGUUCCACCUCCGCCAGCGCCACCGCUAUUGUCAGGAAUGGGUGGAGCCGCUCCACCCCCACCUCCACCUCCACCUCCACCAAUGCCAGGAAUGGGUGGAGCCGCUCCACCCCCACCUCCACCCCCUCCAAUGCCAGGAAUGGGUGGAGCCGCUCCACCCCCACCUCCACCAAUGCCAGGAAUGGGUGGCGUGCCGCCACCGCCUCCACCACCUGGAAUGGGAAAGAUUCGACCUGUGCCUGCUAAUUUGACUUUCUAUGCUUACCAACAACCUGCAAAAGCUCUUUGGACACCUAAACCAAAACACAAGAUGAAGGUUUUCAACUGGACCAAAGUACCACCCCAGACUGUUAGUGGUCAUGACAGCGUAUGGAAGGACGUUCUGGAUAUGGAAGAUGCCAUUAAAGUACAGUACGAUAAGAUAGAACAGCUUUUCUGUCAGAAGUCAAAGACAGUUAAAGUUGUCGAACAGAAAAAAGUCAACAUCCCUAAAGAGGUGCUCAUUUUGGAUAUGAAGAGGAGUAUGAAUGUGAAUAUCUUCCUGAAGCAGUUUAAGUGUAGUCACAAAGAGAUCAUAGAUAUGUUAGCUGAAGCAGACGUGGAAACAAUGGGGCAAGAAAGGCUUAGAGGACUGCAAAAAAUUCUUCCAGCGGCCGAUGAGAUAACCAGUAUCAAAGCUUUUGACGGUGAUAAAAGUAAACUUGGCAACGCAGAGAAGUUUUACCUGACUCUCGCUGGGCUUCCCGCCUUCCGCCAGCGUAUCGAUGGCAUGGUAUUGAAGGACGACUUUAAGCUCGCCACUGACAUGCUUCGACCAAACAUCGAGACUUACAUCCGAGCUUGCGAGCACGUCCUUGACAACGAGUCUUUCAAAGUCUUCUUAAGGUUUAUCCUUCACACUGGCAACUUCCUCAAUGCAGGAGGCUAUGCCGGUAAUGCAGUUGGCUUUAAAAUCAGUUCUCUGACCAAGUUGAUGGACACCCGAGCUAAUAAGCCCCGAGUUACACUAUUGCAUUACCUGGUGGGAGAGGCUCUCAAGGAAAAGAAGGACUAUCUCAACUUCGUGGACGAAAUGUGGCCGGAUUUGUCUGCCGCUUCUAGGUACACAACAGAAGCCAUGGCAGCUGAGUUAAAACAAACCUCGAAAAAUAUUAAUAACUUUGCAAACCUGCUGAAAACCUGUCCGGAUGACGUCAGGAACCAACUUCAAACAUUUGUUGGCGAUGCCAAAUCGGAGAUUAAAGAACUGAAUGCUGGCCUUGAGAAGAUCACAACCCUCGGAAAGAAAUUAGCAGAACAUUUCUGUGAAAAUGAACAAAGUUUCAAAAUAGAGGAAUGUGUUGCUACUAUGACAACAUUUUGUGAGAAAGUGCAGCAAUGUGAGAAGGAAAAUGAACAAAGACGCAUCCAAGAGGAAAAGGCAGAGAGGCGACGAAAACAACAAGCAGAAAUGAAAUCAAACCCUAAGCACUCCAAGAAGAACGUUCCCGAUAGCGAUGAUGGUUGCAUUAUCGACAAAUUACUAAAUGAUAUCAGGAAAGGAUACAAACUGCGAAAAGCAACUACACCAUUGCCUUCUCCUGAUAAGCAAGAGAAAGUGGACAAAAAGUCAGCUAACACUUCAACUUCGGCAUCAGAUGAAAGUUCGUCCACGGAAGCUAUUCCAGCUUUAAAGGGCAAUGUGACAGACUCUGUUACCAAUGAAAAAGAGGUUCAUGUUGCUGAAAAGAAUGACGUCGUUGAAUCCAAAGCCGAUGAUGUAGCAGAACCAGCUGUCAAUGGCAAUCAUGUAACAGCUUCUGAAACGAAAAACGUGGCACAGGAAGAAGAAAUUAAAAUGAAAAAGGAUGCCUUGCAAGUUCUAAAUACUGAUAAUGUUGAAAACAAAGAAAAUGUGUCGGAAACAAACUGUUAAUAUGACCACACUUUUAUGAAUCGUUCGUUCCUAAGUAAUUUUGCUUAGAUUUUAAAUAGCCCAAAGGAAAGCAUUACAUAACUUAAGGAAAAAUAAGUUUUUCCUUACCUUAACUAAUGUUUUCCCUAAGUUAAGGAAGACACGUGAAACUGGGGCCCGGUCUUAAAUGAUCUGUUGGCAAGAUUUUAGAUUUCGUUUGAAAUGUACCUUUAGUAUAGAAAUAUUCAAUUAAUCAAAUCAUCCAAACACAAAGAAGCAGCGA